CGAUUCUUGCCAUCUGUUUAAUCCAACCAGAUUUGCUCCGAUACGAGGAUGUUACUUCUAUCGAUAAGGACAGCGUUUGUUGGCAGUUGUAGAGGUGCUGGAAGAGGAAUUCGACUAAAUACUCGGAAUCCACAAGUUCGGCAAUGGCUGAUGAGGAGAGGUCAGAGCACCAUCACGGCUGAAGCAGGGGCCUCCUCCAUCCCAGGAGCAGUUGCUGUCCCUAAUGCAGCCACAAACCGAAUAGUUGGUCGCUGGUUACUUGGCUGCAGUGGACUGGUGGUGGGGGCCAUUGUAUUGGGCGGUGUCACAAGGUUAACAGAAUCAGGUCUGUCUAUGGUUGACUGGCAUCUGGUAAGAGAGAUGAAGCCUCCUCAGACUCAAGCAGAAUGGGAUGCAGAAUUUUCAAAGUACCAACAGUUCCCUGAAUUCAAAAUAUUGAACCAUGACAUGACUCUGCCCGAGUUCAAGUUCAUUUUUUACAUGGAGUGGGGUCAUCGCAUGUGGGGCAGGCUUGUUGGACUGGCUUAUAUUCUGCCCACCAUCUACUUCUGGAGAAAGGGGUACUUCUCCCGCUCUAUGAAGGGACGAGUGCUGGGGUUGUGUGGAUUUGUCUUUUUCCAGGGCCUACUGGGCUGGUACAUGGUGAAGAGUGGCUUGGAGGAAAAGCCUGAGUCCUACGACAUUCCACGGGUCAGCCAGUAUCGUCUGUCUGCCCAUUUGGGUUCUGCCUUGCUACUGUAUUGCGCCAGUCUCUGGACUGGCCUCACCCUGCUGCUGCCUGCCCACAAGCUGGCAGAGACUAAGCGUCUCAUACAGCUCCGGAGGUUUGCCAAGGGCACUGGUGGAUUGGUCUUUCUCACAGCUCUCUCAGGUGCAUUUGUUGCUGGUCUUGAUGCUGGGCUGGUGUACAACUCCUUCCCUAAAAUGGGGGAGAACUGGAUCCCUGAUGACCUGUUGGCCUUCUCUCCCACCCUGAAGAACUUCUUUGAAAAUCCUACCACUGUGCAGUUUGAUCACAGAAUUUUGGGAAUCUCCUCUUUAGCUGCUAUUACAGGCCUGUAUCUUUAUUCAAGGAGAGUGGCACUACCCAGGAGGGCUAAGAUUGCUAUCAGCCUCCUAACAGCAAUGGCGUAUGGACAGGUUGCGCUUGGUAUCAGCACCCUGCUACUGUACGUUCCUACUCCCCUGGCUGCGACCCACCAGUCGGGCUCUGUGGCUCUCCUUUCAUUGGCAAUCUGGGUCUUGGCAGAGAUCCGAAAAGUGGCCAAGUAAUUGCCCCUUUAUGGACAAUUUCAUCACUCUGAGUUACAUCUUAAAUCCCCGGGUGUCAGCGUCGCUCACUCAGUGACAGACGUGUCAUUCUGAGAAGAUGGAAGGACAAUGUGGACAAAGAGGACGGUUAAAAGAGACGAUCUUUUAAAUGAGGUAUUGAUUUUUAAGAUUGGCUCGCUGAUGCCCUCGCUGUAGCCAUCCAUUCUGCGAUGCUGCGAGUUCUUCCACAUGCUGUAAAGUAUUGUUUGACCACCUCUUUCUUUGAGAGAGAAUGUUGUUUAAGGGUUGGACAUAAGAAUUGGAAAUGGAUUUUUUUUUUUCUUCGAACGACUAACCCAUUUGUGGGUGAAAGCCAUCUGCACAUCUCUUCACAGUGGACAACUGCCAGCAAAUCACGAUCCUGGGUAAUCUACCUGAAUAACAAGACAUCACACUCAGAUGUUAUUCAUUAGCAAAGGGGUGUAGUUUCACAUCACUUCUAGCGUGACUGAUGGCGACGAGGCGCUACGCUGCGACGGGCGGGUACACAGCUUAAAGCUAGGAUCCCUCAAGAAGGGAUCGCUGGAGUGUUUGCACUUCCAUUUCUGUUUGUAAUUGUGUACCAUUUUUAUGUUUUCAAAGAUGUGAAGUCGCCUGGCUCCUCACCCGUUGCCUUGUGUCCGAUCAUGCGUAGCCAAUUAGUUGUAGUACGUUUCAUGACGUGUGGAGGCUCAUUAGGAUGGGGCUAGAGAGUGUGAUUAGUAUGAUUAUGUGUAUAUUUAAAUUAUUUCUCAACUUUCUUGCUCGCAACUGCUACAUUGCAACGUAGUAUUAAAUAU